AUGAGUUUCACAAGCAACGUAGAACCAAAUACCAGGAUGGGUGGGUCAGCUUUCUUAGUUCUGCUUAGCAUCUUACUCUUCUCGACGUCGGAGGGCAAGCCGAACCGGCGUUUGAGUAGCUUCCCCGAAGACUUUGAGUUCGGAACAGCGACGUCCGCUUACCAAGCGGAGGGCGCUUGGAACGUAGAUGGUAAAGGUCUCUCGAUGUGGGACCAUCUUGUGCGCACAACGCCUGAAUCGAUAUUCGACAACACGACCGGCGAUGUCACGGCCAACUCCUACUACCUGUACAGACGGGACAUCGAGAUGCUGAAAGAGCUCGGCGUCGUUAACUACAGGAUGUCCAUCUCCUGGACGAGGAUCCUGCCGAACGGCGACACCAGCUACGUGAACCCGCUCGGCGUGGCCCAUUACAACGCGGUAAUCGACGAGCUGCUCGCGAACGGUAUCACGCCGUUCGUCACCAUCUACCACUGGGAUCUGCCGCAGAGCCUGAGCGAGAGGGGUGGCUGGCUGAACGAGAGCGUUGUCGAAUGGAUGGCCGACUACGCCCGGAUCCUGUAUGAGAACUUCGGCGACAGGGUGAAGAAAUGGUUCACCGUCAACGAGCCGUACGUCCACUGCUACUUGGGGUACGGUUCGGCGUUGCACGCGCCGCAGAUAGAAUCUCCGGGCUUGGGCUAUUACGAGUGCGCGAGGAACAUGCUGUUGGCACACGCGAGGGCGUACCGCUUAUACGACGAAGAGUUCAGGGCGUCGCAGGGCGGCGAAGUGGGCAUCGUGCUGAGCAUGGACUGGCCUAUAGCGGAGAGCGACACGGAGGAAAACAACAGCGCCGUCAAGGACUACAUCGCGUUUGGCCUCGGCCACUACAUGGACCCCAUAUUCUCAGAGAGUGGUAACUAUCCGCAGAGGGUGAUAGACCGCGUGGCGGCCGUCAGCAAAGAGCAAGGUUACAGUGCUUCUAGACUCCGUCCACUAACUGAUGAGGAAGUAGACUACCUUAAAGGCUCGGCCGAUUUCCUAGGACUUAACCACUACACUAGCAAGAUCAUUUACCGGAACGAGUCUUUAGUGAUGCGAAAUGAGCCGUCGGUGCUUGAUGAUGCUUAUUAUGGAGAAUAUUAUGACCCGUCUUGGCCGCUCCCCGGUGGAUAUAUUUACGAAUACGCUCCCGGCUUCUACAGUCUCCUCAUGCACGUGAAGGCCGCCUACAACAAUCCGAAGGUUUACGUUACGGAGAAUGGGUGUUCUGUCACCCAGACGGGUCUAGUGGACGACGUGAAGGUGCGCUACUACAGGAACUACCUGAGUGCUCUGCUCGAAGCGAUAGAGGGAGGUGCCAAUAUAAAGGGAUACUUCGCUUGGAGUUUGAUGGAUACCUUCGAGUGGAACUUCGGCAAUACGCUAAAAUUCGGCCUGUACGAGACGGACAUGGAGGACCCGGACAGGAGAAGGGUGGCGAGGAAAUCGGCACUCGUGUACAAAGAGAUUGCGAGGAGCAAGGUCAUCGACUUCGAUUACGACGUCGACCCUCACACGUGGUUAAACAGCAGUUUAGUU